UCUGAGGGACGUGUUUUGUUUUCAACUCAUAAAGGAAACCACAAAGACUUUGCCAAUAUUGUUCUUGUGAUCCCUCUAACAGCCUGUAAAAUUGGCCGCAGGAAACAAUACAUAUACAAAAGCUUAUUAGAAAUCAUUUGUACAUCGCAUUAUUCCGUUUUCAAUGCCCUGUUUAUCAUAUGAAGAACGUAUUUCCUGCUCUAAGAGGAUUCAGCCGUAAUAACUUAGUUUUGACGGUUUUGCCGUUGGGGUGUGGAAUAGCAAGGCUUUCUCAAAGGCGUAACAUCUUUGCGGUAGGAAAAAAUGGCAGUUUUACCUCGACCUCUCAUUAUGACGGCGGUUAAAACUUUAAUAACUUAUUGCCUGCUAAACGCAACUGUUCAAGGGAACACAAUCUGGUACAACGGCAAAGAAUCACUUGCAGAGAGCCUCGCCAACUCGCCACGCAUCUACGGAUUAUCAUUACCCAGUAAGGUGUCUAUGACAAACGCCAAGGGAAAGCUGAAUGUAACUUUCGGGAAUCCUGAAUCGACGAUCUCAAUGGCGCACAGAACUUCGCAAUCAACGACUGCAAAGCAUAGGUCCAAACGAGUGGUAUUUUCUGGGGACGACCGCGUGGUUAUACCUCCAAAACUACUGGAAAAAUGCCCCUUCAGCGCAGCGGUGCGGAUCUCAACUGGUUGCUCCGGAGUCCUGGUAUCACCUAAACACGUUUUGACUUCAGCUCAUUGUCUUCACAACGGAAGCCAUUACGUGGAAGGGUACAAAAGCCUAAAGGUGGGUUUCCUCAUGAGAAAUGGUACCACAGAAUGGCGUGAGAUCAGCUCUACUAAGAUGUCCAAACUGUGGAAGAAAGGAAGUGAUCCGAGCGCUACGAAGUAUGAUUACGCCUUAAUAAAGCUCUACAGAAACCACAGUCGAUGCUUUCUGCCCAUUUCUCCAAGCAGGACUUUCUUCUAUGGAACGCACUGCGCACACGAGGCAAUUCAUUUCUCUGGUUUUGAUGAGGACAGGAAAAAAGGGACUUUGCUCUACAGAAGUUGCCAAGUUCUGACUUACUCCGCUAACCUGCUCUAUCACUGCUGUGAUGCCCAGCGAGGUUCGUCGGGGGCAGGCGUCUACGAGAUCCGCAGGCCUGCAAAUGGGAAAUAUCUACGCUAUGUGGUUGGUGUGUUUUCAGGGAACCGCGACAGAAUCACCAGGGGACCCCCUCAGUCUACUUGUACCGGCCACUCCAGGAGGAUCUGGUUCACGCGGUAUUACCGCGCAAAUUACAAUGCCGCCUUGCGUUUCAAGGACCAGGACGUGUAUCACAUCUGUACGUGGAUGCGCAGACUUGGAGGAGAAAACUGCGAAAAGUUCCUCAAGGAAAGGCGGCGAAAAAGGCGUCAGUCGGCGAGGAAGCGCCGCGAAAGAAGUAAGGAGGCAUAUGCCCGUUGUCAAGGCACUAUUUAGACUUUCUUAUUGGAACUUAGAGUCCUUUAGAGACAGUAUAUAAAACUUCAAUUAUAGGAAUUUAUUGAAAAUAAAUCAAAACGACCUCUAAUAACCAUCACAGAGUAAUUUUCUUCGCUUAUAGUAUGGCAGCUGGUUCUUUGAAUUUGUUUCCUGGGAUACAGAAAACAAGUCGCAAGAUUAACCGUACACGUUACUGUUGCAGACCGUAGCGUAUAUAUUUUAACGAGUAUGAUUGUUCUCAUGCAGACAACGGAGAGUGUCAACUUUUAUAUGCAACUUUACUUUAAUUUUAAAAACUUCUUGUGUUCGAAAAAUAAACCCCCUCCCCCAUUUAAUGGCUCCACCUCUCGCUCUGUAGGGGAAAGUUUAAGGAAUGAAACGAAAUUUUUCAGUAAUCUGAUUUUUGAUUAAACGACGGCUCAGCAAUGCUAAUGAGUAUAAAAAAUGUUAAUCUGACUUAAAGCACGACGAAAUCGCACGCUAACUUUGAAUUUGAUAGCAUCAUUUAUAUAUCUUAGGUAGCUUUCAACAUAGAACCAGAGGUACAUCAUAGUCUAGAUACCUUCGUGGACAGCUUAAUACAAAAUAAAUGUUGUCAAAUUGCAGAGGUCAAUGGUCGUUUCUUUUAUGGCAUAGGAGAGAUCAAAUCUGCCGCGCUGUAAAUAGGAAGGCAGGCCUGUGGUUCUACAGUGUAUUUUAAUUCAUAUGACCAAUUACCACGGAGUAGUUAAAGUUUUGCGAGGUAAUUUCCACUAUCUAGAAGUUUCUUUGAUAUGUAAAGAAAUAGAAAAGCCCACCCUGCAAACUUCUUUGCCGCUUUUUUAUUUUAUGUAUCACAAGCGACGGGGUUACUGGACUAGAAUUCGCAAAUCUUUCAUCAAGAAACAAUGUUUUUAUCAUUUACAUAUCAAGGUGUAAACAGUUGUACUGCAGCAACAGCGAGACAACAUGAAAGAAUGCAUCGCGUGCGGUAGGUCAGAUUUUUAUCCAGCUGAGUUAUCAGAUUAGUUUGUUUUGAAAUAACUUAUAUAUCCCGCUAUGAAUCAACAAUAUUAUUGCUGAAUGCAUGGGUUUCGCUCUGUGGUUUAACCUCAACACGCAGGCCGCUUACAAAAUUACGACAAAGAAACGUUUGAGGAAAGAUGGGUGGGUAAGAUAGAGUAGGAUUUUGAGCUAACAUAAAGCGGUCUCCGAGGUCUUAGCCGUGAGGUUGAAACAAAGAUGGAACUACAGAUGAUGUCACAACUUUCUCUUCUCGCCACCCCACGACAUUUCUGUCCCGACCUUACGAGGGGAGGGGGGUGGGAAAAAGAGUAACCUAGGAAACGAGGCUGAAGUAAACUCCUGAGUCGAGUAUAUGAUAAACAACUCAGUUUAGAUUUAUCAUUUAUCAUAUUUCAAGAUUUAAUUUACGCAAUCGCUUCGCCUCGAAACUCUGUACAACAAAAGUGAGGCAAUAAAAUUGAAGUUAAAAAUUCACAUA